GAUGAAUAUGUUCAGCGCUCCAGCUUGCUCGCAGGAACAUCAAACCCGCGAAGUCUUGCCCAUGACAAACAAUAUUAUUGCGAAACCUGUUGUUUCUCAACGUCAACAUGGUUCUUCUUUUCAGGAGAGACUUGACUAUGUGACACGCGAGCUCAAGGAGAUUGAUAAGCACAUAGCGAGGUUUCGAGAGAACAUCAGCCAAGAGCAGUAUAAGCUUCUGGUUGAACGACGUCGGUGCUUUGUCAUCCAAAGAGACGAGAUUCGCCGCUCUCUUGAAGAGCUGGAUUACCUUGAAAUAUUCAAGUGUGCUUAUGGUGCUGGGAUCCCUCGGCCUCCGAACGACGACGAAGCUAAAGAGCCUUGGGCCCUGAAGUCUGAUACCGAUCCUCGCCUCGCCCAGUCGAUGUUGGAACAAAUUCGGACCUUCGGUACGCCUAUCCUACGACCCUGGUUUCAGCAAGAAGUCGAGAAAUCAGCCGAUCUCAACGAUGUCAACUGUUCGCAGACUGAAGAAGAAAUGGAAGAAGCCGCUCGACAGGCUCGCCUCGACAUUUGGGCUUUUGACGUCCCCGAAGCUUGGGAACUCAGAGUACGAGGCAGAUGGGUGUUUGGCUGUGCACCGGCUCCGAAUAAGGAGCGAUUGGCGAAGUAUAAGAAAACUGGCAAUUGCCUUCCUGAUGGAAUUAUCGAAUAUCUCCGUAUGAAGGAGCUUAUUGCUCGCUGCCCGCGCAAUGACGGAAUUCCGCUCUUGCCUGAAUCUUGCGUGUCUCAAUGGGUCGAUGCAAACGGCAUCCCCAUUUGGAAGCUCGAAGCCGCCGCUCCUACGGACGCUUUUGGUAAUAAGGUCAUUCCCACUGCUGUAAAGUUCUGGCAGGAGGGUAAAAACAAGCCACUUUCCGUCUUUGAGACUUGGGCUCGCGGGAUAAACCCUCUUUAUUGGCGGCCUUUGACUCAGAAUUUUUCUGAGGUUCGUGCUGCCGUUGCUGAUGUUGUCAAAAUUGUGAAUGCUCGCCAUCUUCAUUUCAGCUCAUAUGGCGAUGUGAUCUGGGGAGGAUUCAGCGACGACCCGCAUACUCUCAGGCACUCUGCUGACAAAACAUACGUCAAGCAAAUAAGUUCUGAUAUUCCCACGUACUCUGAAGAAGAAGUCAAACGCUAUCGACCAAAGGUUGAAAACGCCACUGCCGAAAGUAAGGGGGAAGGCAGAGAUGAUACUUUAACGUCUACUGGACGCUCUAAAAGCUGGCUGACCGGGUUCAAAACUCCCGUCCAAUACGGAAGUGUCUUUCUAGCUCAGCUGCUCAAAGAUCCCCGCUACUCUUCUUGUGGCCCAAAGCCCUCAGGAAAAGAAGGUGGCCCAGACAACGUCCCGGUCACCCCCAACAACGGCAAGUUGUCAAACAAAGACGCGCCGACUAAAGAGAACAAAAACCCUUCUACUGAAAAGAAGACCUGGAAGAUGUCAGCCACUCCUCAGCGUUUCACCAAAGCUCGAAGCUCAGUUUCAGGUCCCUCUGCUCAAGCAGUCGCCCGAUUUCCAUGCUACGACGGGGCUGCGGAUUCCUUGAGUCAAAAGACGUCUUCAUCUACAACUGAACACGGUGCUGCGCACAGUACUACGGCCGGCCCGUCUUCCAGUGCCAGUUCUGCUACAGUCAAUUCUGUCAAUUCUGGAAUGAGAUCUGAUAAUUCGUCGUCUCCAAGUGUUACCACACCCGACGUUAUUCGCCCCAAGGAUGUCACUCUCAAUCGAAGUCAUCACAACAGGGUUGAGCAUUUCUUCAAGACACUUCGUGAAGAAGAACGCGAUGAGAUUGCAAAAUACAAGGCGCAACAUCCCUCGAAGCGUUAGAACAGCUUGGGUCUAGAAGCUGAGAUGGUGGAUUGGAAAUUUUAAAGACAUUGCAACAAUCCUGACCACAGGGCUUGGAGAACUUGGUUCUUUGUUUGAAACAGUUUUUCAACCCUAGGUCAGCUGGCAAACAUUUGAAGUCACAUUCCCAACACUCAUUCUUGUCGCCAUCUCGCACACCGACCCAACUCAAUUUGUCAAGUUUUAUCUUUCUGGUUUUCGACCUCUGGAUCACUGUUUGUCGCAUGGUCUUUAUCCUCUAUGAUAUGUUUUAAUAUCUACAGAGGAUUCCGAUCAUGCUUGAUAUGUUUACUACUCGAUUUCGACAACGGCUGCAUGAUUUAUGGGCCCUUUUAAAGUUUACUCUUACCAAGAAAUGAACAUGCCCA